AUGGCCGAGUAUAAGAAGAUCCUCGGGGAGGACUCGCAAUCCAGCGACAACGACUCUGUUGCCGCUGAAGGAUGGACGAAAUAUGACCACCUUCGAAAUUUUGGCGUUAGGACAGUGAUUUUUAUCCUCUUUGUGCAAGUUAUCACAUACCUCGCGAUUGUUCUGCUCCUAGCAUGGAUCCUCAAAAAUCAAGGUUCAUACCAAAACUUGAACGGGAAAAAUUUAGAGAAAACGGCUAUCAAUCAAACUCGUAUAGAUAUCACAUCUUGCGGACGUACGCCUGCUGAAGCCAUCGCAGCUUAUUGCUUCUUCGACAUUUUCCUAUUUGGAUGGACUCCGCCAGAAUGUACGGACUUGCAACUUUAUAAUGAGAGCCUGACGACUUUGAACUCCUAG